CUUAUUACCUGCAACAGUGUCCGCGCGAUGAAGAAUAUGUCAACGAAUGCCUGCGUGACAGUGGCAAUAAAUUGGUGCAUUAUCUGCGGCAGGGUAUACCUGAAUUGGAUAUUUACGAGAUUGAACCAGUUGUCAUCGAUGAGAUUGGCAUUGUGUUGGGCAGUGGACCGGACGGUUAUCGCGCCCUAUUCCGCAGUAUACAAGCGUAUGGUGUUAGCAACAUAACUGUAACAAAUGUGCGUUCCGAUUUGGAGACUUUGCAAUUUCAGUUGACUUGCGAAAUUCCACAUAUUAAAGUUCGUGCUCAGUAUCGCUCUACGGGUGUAUUGAUCUUAGUGAAAGCCUCUGGUGCUGGUGAUUAUUGGGGCGAAUAUGAUGGCGUCAAGGCGAAAAUCUACUUCAAAGCAACUCCCAAUGUGGCUGACGAUGGGCGUACUUAUCUUACAGCCGAACAGGUCAAAAUGGAUUUCAAUGUUAAAGAAAUUAAAAUGGGCGUAGAUAAUAUUGCCAAUGGCAAUUCAGUGAUACGUGAGUAA